AUGGCGCCUGGUCGGAUUGUAUUCGAAUUGUUCGCUGAUAUUGUACCCAAAACUGCUGAAAACUUUCGUGCAUUGUGUACUGGAGAAAAAGGCAUUGGAUCCACAACGGGAAAGCCUCUCCAUUAUAAAGGAUCUACCUUCCAUAGAAUUAUCAAGAAAUUUAUGAUCCAGGGUGGAGACUUCUCACAUCAAAAUGGAACAGGUGGAGAAAGUAUAUAUGGAGAAAAAUUUGAAGAUGAAAAUUUUCAUUAUAAGCACGAUCAACCAGGAUUACUCAGCAUGGCAAAUGCAGGCCGCAAUACAAAUGGUUCCCAGUUUUUCAUCACAACUGUACCAACUCCUCAUCUUGAUGGGAAACAUGUGGUCUUUGGCCAGGUGGUCAAAGGCAUGGGUGUUGUAAAGUUACUAGAAAACGUUGAAGUUAAAGGAGAAGAACCCUCCAAGUUGUGUAUUAUUGCAGAAUGUGGAGAGCUGAAGGAAGGAGACAACUGGGGAAUUGUGCCCAUAGAUGGUUCUGGAGAUACUUACCCAGAUUUUCCUGAAGAUUCUGACAUGGAUUUAAAGGAAAUUGACAAGACUGUAUCUGUAGCUGAAGAUGUAAAAAAUAUAGGCAACACUUUCUUUAAAUCUCAGAACUGGCCAGUGGCAGUUAAGAAAUAUGCAAAGGCCUUAAGGUACAUUGAAGCUUCUAAAGCUGUAGCAGAGAAGGUAGAUUCAGCCAAGUUGAAUGCUGCAGCAUUGACCUGCUACCUUAACAUUGCUGCAUGCAAACUGAAACUAUCUGAAUGGCAAGAUGCAAUAGAAAACUGUACUAAGGCUCUGGCUUUAGAUCCUGCAAACACCAAAGCACUUUACAGAAGAGCUCAAGCAUGGGAGGCAUCAAAAGAUUACGAUCAGGCACUGGCUGAUCUUCUUAAGGCUCAAGGCAUUGCACCUCAAGAUAAAGCUAUCCAAAUGGAAGUACAGAAGGUGAAGCAGAAGAUAAAGAAAGAGAAGGAAAAAGAAAAGGCAGCUUAUGCAAAGUUGUUUGCUUAAGUCUAGAUCGUUCUCCUUCCUUAACUUAUGCACUGAUAAAAAGGCAGAAUUAGUAUGCAUAGCAGUGACAGUUCGUUUUUAACUGUCAUUUAUACUGAUGCUGUUCCACAUGUUUACAUCCUUGGGGGCUUUUUAAUUUUAAAGAUUAUUUCAAAUACCACUAUGUUCAAUGAUAAGGCACUAAAAAUAAUGGCACUUAAAAAAACUAAGGAAAAAUUGCUAAGCAAAAUUUUGGAAUGAUCAGAGAUGCAAAGAAUUUGGAGAAAGUUUAGUAUCAUAUCAAAAUGUUAUGAUUAGCAGGCUUUUUCUUCCUAUAUGUAACUUUCAUUACUGUGGAUUCCCAUGUUGUCCAAGUAGUGUUAAAAAAUAAACUGAGAUUAUAAGUGUCA